GCGCUGGAUGCGAUGAAUGCGGGUUUGAUCGAAACAUUCCCAAGUUCAGGUUCUCUGCGGAUCAUGCAUUCGAGAAACCGAAUGAUGAAAGGGCAUUGCGCUUGAUGGAUGCUGCCGCCAUUCAUGUCAUGAAAGCUUACCCCCAAGUGGCGUUGGCAUUCGGAGAAAGCGAUGAGUUCAGAAGGUCUUGCGAUUUGUAUGGUCGCCGGACGUAUACCCACGCCUGGGCGACAUUCUUUCCAGACACGCCACUCCAAUAUCCUCCUUCCUUUGAUGGGCGCGUAGUGGCCUAUCCUUCAUCGACUGAGCUCACAUCAACAACCUCUACAACACGAUAUUCUGGGCACUCAUACUCAAGGGAGGGCUCAGCAAUCAAGAUGCACACGAGGCACUCAAAGUUGGUCUUUUCCCUCCAGCUCCUUCAUAGGUACCGUAAGGGCAGUGUCCUUUAUCGCAAAGAGUCCGUUGUGGAGGAUCUUCUGAUCGACGCUGCGGAGGACCACGCCGAUGCCAGCCCUGCAUUGGUGGCACCAACAGCGGCACAGUCACCACAAACGAAGUCUAGAACCCGGCGGUCUAAGAAAGAGAUUGUGGUGGAACACUGUGAUAUUAUGGAGCCUCAGUUCUGGGAAACUAACGGCUCCAUAUUGUGA